AUGGACGUCCCUGAGCCCGAGCAGACCCCUUUCACUGCUCUGACGCAGCACACCUCGCGCCUGCACCGGACAUACCAAUCCUACCUCGAUGCCACGACUCCCUACGCGGUCUAUCGCUGGGUCGGCUCCGGCGUGCUUCUCCUCUUUUUCUUCCUGCGGAUCGUUCUCGCACAGGGGUGGUACAUUGUCGCCUACACGCUAGGCAUCUACCUCCUAAACCUCUUCCUGGCCUUCCUAACCCCCAAAUUUGACCCUUCGCUCACCCACGACGAGGGCCUGGAGGACGGCGACGUCGCCAGCUUACCCACAAAGCAGGACGACGAGUUCCGGCCCUUUGUGCGCCGUCUCCCCGAGUUCAAGUUCUGGCACUCGGCCACCCGCGCCAUCGCCAUCGGCUUCGUGUGCACUUGGUUUACCGUCUUUAAUAUCCCCGUCUUCUGGCCCGUUUUGGUCGUUUACUGGAUUAUUCUGUUCGUCUUGACGAUGCGGAGACAAAUCCAGCAUAUGAUCAAGUACCGCUACGUGCCUUUCUCCUUUGGCAAGACCCGCUACGGCCGGUCAUGA